GCUGAGAGGGAUCGAUGGCUGAAACAAGCCCUGCUUCUGGUGUAGCCACUGUGUGGAUCUGGGCGCGGGAGACCGACCCUGCUCCCUGGAUCUCAGUGUCCCAAUUUUUAAACGAAAGACGCUGGGGCAGACCGGUGUCUACAGGAGUAAAUUUCAUAUGCGCCAAGAUCGGGAUGUGUGUGUGAGACUGGGCGGAUCUCCUGGUUUGGGCGGCCGUCCGAGCCAUGUGACCGGAUUGCCAUAGCACCUGUGGUCAUAAUCGGCCGAGCCCGCCUGGCGUCUAUGGCCUCGACCCCGCCCACGCCCAUUUUCUGAGACCUUAGGAGGGCCUUCCCGCCCUCCGGGGCCCGCACACCCACGGAGGCACUGCAAGCUUCUGGGCACUCUGUGAGGCGAAGGCCAGUCCAAGUCAAAGCAGGGAAGAACCCCCAGCCUUUUAUCAACUUCACUGUGGUAGACACUUUAAAAACUGAUAUGCUGCUGUUGGGAGUCUUGUGACUCCUUCUGUCCUGUGAGACCUAAGAGCAACAAUGAAUGAGGUGAAAGAGUCUCUCCGCAGCAUCGAGCAGAAGUAUAAACUCUUCCAGCAGCAACAGUUCACCUUCAUUGCAGCUCUGGAACACUGCCGGGAGAAUGCCCACGACAAAAUCCGACCCAUCUCCAGUAUCGAGCAGGUUCAGAGCUACAUGGAACACUACUGCAAUAACUCCACCGACCGGCGGAUUCUGCUCAUGUUCAUGGACAUCUGCUCAGAGCUCAACAAGCUCUGCCAGCACUUUGAGGCCCUGCACUCUGGCACCCCUGUCACCAACAGCCUUCUCGAGAAAUGCAAAACCCUGGUUAGCCAAAGCAAUGACUUGAGCAGCCUCAGAGCAAAGUACCCGCACGAUGUGGUGAACCACCUCAGCUGCGAUGAGGCCAGGAACCACUAUGGGGGCGUGGUCAGCCUCAUCCCUAUAGUCCUGGACUUUAUGAAAGAGUGGAUUGCUCAUUCCGAGAAGCUGCCUCGCAAAGUGCUGCAGCAUGGGACGACUUAGCUUCUGUACUGUUGCUUCCUCGGGGGGAGACAUUCAAGAAUAAAGUGUUCUACCACUUCUC